CCGUGCGUCCCCAAAAUAUUUUGAACUCUCCGGCCGCCGCCUUCCACAUCCCGCGGCUGCCGGAGCCGGAGGAGACAUGGCUGGCAAGAAGAAGGCCGUAACAAAUCCCGCCUCUGCCUCCACCUCCACCUCCACACCCGCCGCCAACGAGCGCUCGGCGCCGAAACCCCGCAAAAACCCCAAGGAGGAGGGGGCACCACCGGCGACCACGAACAAGAAGAAGCGCGACAACCCGGCGGCCCAAGGGGGAUCCAAGCGCAAGAAGAAGCAGGAGGCAUCUGCCGAAGCGGGGACGCCCGCGAAGAAGGCCAAGCGCCAAGAGGCGGAGCCCAAACCUCGGAAGCACAAGGGGGCCAAGACCGAGAAGCAGCAGCAGCUUUCCGGCGAAGUGGAGAAGCCCACGCCCUCCGAGAAGAAGAACAAGGAGGCCAAGCACGAGAAGGAGCAACCAUCCGGAGGAGCGGGGAAGCCCGCGUCACCCGCGCCUAAGCCCACGCCCUCGAAGAAGAAGAGCAAGGAAGCCAAGCCCGAGAAGCAGCAAUCGGCGGGGGGAGCGGGGAAGCCCACGCCCACCAAGAGGAAGCUCGGCGAUGUGCAGGAGCGAGCGUCCGGUGAAGGUCAGCCGCGCUCGCCCACACCCACGCCCACGAAGAAGCGGAAGGACAAAGCGGCGGCGGCGGCUGCCGACCACGGCGCGGGAAGCUUCCCGAUGGCUCGGGUGCGGCAGAUAAUGCGGGCUGAGGACGCCACCGUCCGCCCUUCCAAUGAGGCUGUCUUCCUCAUCAACAAGGCCACCGAGAUAUUCUUGAAGAAGUUUGCGGAGGAUGCUUAUCAAAAUGCUCUGAAGGAUCGGAAGAAGUCAAUUGUUUACGAUAACCUUUGUAUAUGUUCUUUACUUUUUUCUUUCUCAGACGUGUUUGUCAAACCAGGAGUGAAAGAACAAUCAAUAUAGAGUCAUACUACGACCAUCGUGUAUAGCAUGGCAUCUAGCAUCUAGUUGCUGAUGCAGCUUGUCGAUGCUCCGAGAUCAUUGGUUAGAAAGAUUCUAUUGACAAGAGCCAAAAGAUAAUAUUGUCUCAAAUUGGGUGGAGUUUUAUGAUGUGUCCUACAAGUUGCAGCAUCAGACAGUUACAUACUGCCAGCAGCCAAGCAGUAUGGCCUUCUUCAAGCCAAAGCAUUUCAACCUUUCAAGUUCCAAACAUACUUAGGAUGUUCUGUUACACAUAGAAACUUAGCAUGGUCUUGUCAAUACUCUUGUUUGCUCUCCUUUUUCUUGAUAAACUGUGUGCAAUUAGCCAACUGCAACUGUAAUGAUUAUAAGUUUGUAGCGCACACAUUUCUGAGAUGUUGGCACAGAAUAUUGACAAGCUGCUAGCGCAUUCAUGCAGUGAAGAAUGCUUUUAUUUCUGUAUAAGGCAGUGUAUAGAAAUAUUGAUAGGUUUAUGCCAUCAAUAAAGAUAUUUGUCAG